CAACAUCUAGACACAAGUUCUGGAUUUUAUGGAGAAAAAAUUGUACAGUACGUAUUGGAGAGUGUACCAUUUCCUUUGUAGACGCUAGACUCACCAGCGUCGGAAACCAAAAACGCAACAGCGACAAACGCUUGACGCGAGCUCCCACCUACUCGCCGCCACCGUCCCCGGCGACGUCGGCCGCCGCCGCGGAACCCUACCGCGCCUUUUCGGUAAGCUCCGCCCCUCCCUCCCGGACAAGUGCGCCCGUCGGUCAAUCUUCCUGGAGCCACCCUAGCCCUCUCGCGCGAGCUGUACUCGCCGGAGAUUUGGGGGGCGGUUUUCGAUUACGAGUUCCUCCGAUUUUACUUUGGAUGCUGGUGCGGCCUCUGUGAGCAGCCAGGCUGUUGCGUUGGGCACCCAUGGUAGAGCUUAGCAGUGGGAGUGAAGUGCGGGGAAAGCUUAGCUAGGGUUUUCAGCAGCGGAGAACUUGAGACGAACGGCGCCUGUGUGAUUGGGACCAAGAAUCCUAGUUCUUUUCGACUCUAAAAUAAAAUACGAAUCCUUUCUUGCCCUUGGAGUGGUUCUGGGCAAUGGUGACUCUUCUAGUUACCUUGGCGCCUCGAUUGGGGGGACGAACCUCCUUUUGGUGUUGUCCAAUUUGGUGCUCCAUGAUUUGCCGGAAUGAGUACUGACAUGCUCAUGAAUCACAUUGUUUGGCCUAGAAAUUUGUAUUGUAAAUUUGGGCAGUCUUUGAAUUGGAUGCAUUCAUGUUUGGCAGAGGCCAUGGACAAAUUUGUGCGAGUUUACAGCGGUGGGGAGCUGGUGAAGGGUCCAAAUGGGGUGGAAUUCGGGGACCUCUCCGAGCAGGGCAUAUGGUUCAAGGCAGCACCCACAUACAGUGAGCUGAUCGACGCUGUGUACAAGAAGCUCGGGCUGGAACCUACGACGCACGACCUUCGUGCACAGGGGAGGACGAAUGUUGGCGGUGGCGCUCAUCGGCACUUCAUCAUGGUGCCUAUCGAUGAUGAUAUGUCCUGGAGUAACUAUGUUAACGCAGUUUUCAAUGGCACCGACUGGAAUUGCCUGGAGGUUUAUGUUCAGGCAGAGGAGCGUCCAUCUGCAGAGCCGGUUUCCCCUGAGCCUGCAUUACUGGACAGUGAACCACCGGAUGCACAGUGUCAGAAUACCCCACCGCAACAUCCAGAACAGGGCGCUCCUCUUUUUACUUCUUCGAUGGUGACCGCCAAUGCGCCAACCAUUCAUCCUCAACAUGCUCGACUAGGAAAAACAAGGAGCACCAGGGCCCGUGCUGGCAUUGCUGGGCGGUUUGCAGGUCAGCCUGGUCAGUACCAGUGUGGAGCUUCAGGGACAGUUGAUACGACUAGCUAUCUUUUAAUUGGGCUGUAUGAUGAUGUUCAUCGUGCUCAUGCUUUAGCAUCAGGCCAGCAUCUAACUGAGCUCAAUCCUCGUAACCGUGAGCCUCUCCGGUUUGACAAGCGGUACGAACAUUACCUUAGGCCAGCGGGGUUGAUGGGGUUGGCGAACAUUUGCAGGGCUGGACUGCCCUCCAUUGAUCGUGCACUCGUCUCUGCACUGGUUGAUAGGUGGAGACCUGAGACACACACUUUUCACAUGCCUUGUGGUGAGAUUACAAUCACACUACAGGAUGUUGCGAUGAUUCUUGGGCUACCUAUCUCUGGCCAUGCUGUCAUUGUAAACAAAACAGAGUCCUACAUUGAAUUGUACCAGCGUUACCUUGGGAAGGCACCUCCUUCGGAUAAGUCCCGUCCUGGGUUGAGGGUUGCAUGGGUCAGAGCUGAGUUUAAUAAGUGCCCUGAAGACGCCGACGAGGAGACCGUAAAGCAGCAUGCAAGGGCAUACAUCCUUAGCCUGGUUGGUGGUCUAUUGUUUCCUGAUGCCUCUGGUGAUAGAUACACCGUCUAUCCCUUUCCGCUGAUAGCUGAUCUCGAGAACAUUGGUUCAUACAGUUGGGGUUCUGCUACUCUAGCAUAUCUUUACAGGGCAAUGUGUGAUGCUUGCAGGAGGCAAUCAGAUCAAAGUAAUCUGACUGGUUGCCUUCUGCUCCUUCAGUUCUGGUCAUGGGAGCGCUUCCCAAUCGGCAGGCCAGAUAUGCUAAAGCCGAAAUUCCCAAACGUGGAUGAGCUAGAGGAUGACAGGGAUAGACCCACAGUUGGUCUCAGAUGGGUUGUGGGGGCGUGCACAUAUCGGUCAGCUCCAGCACGUUGCUAUGAGCACUUUACAAAUGAGUUCGACUUAUUAACAGAUGACCAGGUUGUUUGGAGCCCAUAUAGGCAGGACCGGGUGAAGACACUACAUCUUGCACCUAUAUGUACCCAGGAUUCUCAUUUGUGGCUAACUCAAGCACCUCUAGUUUUUUUCUUUAUGGUGGAGGUUUACACACCGGAGAGAGUGAUGCGUCAAUUUGGUCUCCAUCAGGAAUGCCCACCACCAUUUCGGGACACCAGCGUGGAACUCCAUUGGUGUUGCCGUGGAAAGGUCCGUAGUGAUUGGGCAGAUAAGCACAAGUCUUUUGUGGAUAUGUGGGAAGUAAAGGAGCAGCAUGUUAUCAUGGAAGAACGGCCAUACGAUCAUGCCAACUACAUGGAUUAUUUGCGGUGGUACAGACGGUCGACACGUAUCCGCCUCUGCACACCGAGGGUGAGUAAUGGCCACCAGGAUGGGGCAUCCGUGCGAAGUGCAACAGCUGACGAUGAAGAUUCUUUGCGUGCUUCAAAGCUUCGGUACACCCCUAGAGCUCAUUUGAUCCACUCAGUGACCGACAAGCUCACUAUUCUGGCGAAGGAGGCAGUUUCACAGAAGGGCUGCUCCAGAGGCGAAUGUAACGCUUUCAUUGAGCGAGUCACUAGAACAUGCGUAGAACUUGUUGGGGAACUUGGCGGGUCAUCACUUUGCGACAUUGCUGCUGCGGUUCCGGAUUCAACAACUAUUGCAGCUGAACGGGGGUCUGACGGCCAGAGGGACACAGAGGAUGAGCUAAAUAACUCCAUGGUGCCUGAUCAGGAGAAUGAGUCGGGCCCUGUUCCUGAGAAGCGAACUCGGUUCCAGGUUGAUCAUACACAAGUGGACAGCACAGUCCAUUCAAGGUCACCAAGCAAGAGGAAGAGGGGCGGACCAGCUCGAAGAUGAAACCUGCUUGGAUUUUGUUUGUUUCAGUCAUAUGUGUCCGUGGCCUGAAGAAAGGGUGGGAUGGUUAGUGAAUCCAGAAGUUCAUGCCUCUGACAAGUUUAACAUCGGCUGCUACAGAAGGGAUGGAGAUUGCAAAUCUGAAGUCAGAGGAGUAUGGUUAUCAUUUUGCUAGUUUUUCUUGUAGAUGGCCGUAGUAUGGAUGCCUGCUGCUCGGAUCUUUCCUUUUUCCUUGCUAUGGCAUAGCCAUAUGGUAAACUGCUCAUUCACCCAUUCCUCGGACUGAAACUUGAAGCGAACUCAUUCUACCUGACUGCUGAUUACUCCAAGACUUUGUUGUCCUUGAUUCCCCCGGGAGCACAUUUUACAGAGAGCGACAGAGCAAUCAUCUCGGAUGGUGUAUGAGCUUUCCUCCGCACAGGCUUCCUUGAUGGUCCAACACUCCCAUGAUUCUCCAUCAAACGCGAUGUGUGAUCAGCUUCGCUUCAUCCGAGAAACAAAUAGAUCGGUGGUAAUCGGUUCUGGCCUCAGUCAGGUGUUCCCUGUUUUUCUGAUGACUGCUCUAGGGAACAAGGCUUCAUUGUUGUACUGAAUUGUGCAUGUUAAUACAUGGUUGCAAUUUGCAAAGCUUCUACUGAUAUCCAAGUAUAUUCCCCCCAAACUGGCUGUUCCUCCCCCAUUGGCAUUGUAUUGUAUUGUAUGAUGUGUAGUGUGUCACUGUUCUUGAAUUCACAUGUGGUUUCUUGUA